AUGAGCGACAAAAGUGAGAAGAUCGAGACCAUCGAGAAUGCCGGUGUCGUCGAGGUCCGUCAGACUCGUGGCCAAAGGUUCAAGCGACAUUGUGGUCGAAGGUGGUGGAUUUACCUCAUCGCCACUUUGUUGGUUAUCCUUGCCCUUGUUCUUGGAAUAAUCUUCGGCAUUAUCCCAAAGAUCGCUCAGGACAGCGUGAAUGAUUCGACACUACAUGUCGAUGACCUCGCCAUCACCAACCCAUCCAACGAAAGAUUCACUCUCUCCAUGAACUCCACCGCCCACUCCCACGCUCCCGUCAGCGCACACUUCUCACCUCAAACAUUUGAGAUGUACUUGCCACCAGCUGAGGGUGAACAGAUCGUUCCAUUUAUGACCUUGAGCGUCGACAGACUCGACAUCAAGGACACCCUGACAAUCAACGUUACAGACGUUGUGACCGAGAUCUUGGAUAAGCCUGCAUACGACGAGUUCUCUACUCAGGUUUUGAGCAAUGAGAGGCUUAGCCUUGGUAUCAGGUCUAACCCCGAGGUCAAUGUUGGUUCCAUCAAGUUCAAGGUUGAUUACCAGAAGACUGUUGAACUCAAGGGUCUUAAUGGUCUUAAAGGAAUUGAACUGUACAAUCCCGAGAUCCUUGAGGAGCCACUAGAGGACGGAACCAAUAUGAUCACAGACGGCAUGAUCCCGAACCCUAGCUCUUUCACUCUGCAAGUUGGUGAUUUGACCGUCGACAUCGCUGUUGGGCCCCAGAAGCUUGGCUGGUCUGUUGUUAAGGAUCUUACCCUCUACCCCGGUGAAAACCACGUCAAGAUCUACAAUCACAUCACCCCAGCUCUUCUCGAGAUUCCAAUCUUCCUUGCCUCGCUGAAGGCUCCAAAUACCAACAUUACAUUGACUGCGAACUCGACAGUGUUCAAUGGUGAGCACAUUGAAUGGUUAGAGAAGCCACUCCACGAUGCACCACCAGUCAUUGCGGUAUUGAACCCGCAGUAA